GCAAUACUUGGCCCUUUCGAAGAUGGCUGGUGCCGGGGCUAUAAAUACAACAGGGGAACAGGCGAAUGGUGGGAUGUAUACCUGAAUAAAAGGACGGGACAUAUUCAGAUCGAAGACCCGAGGCUAGGAAAGCUCCCAGAGGGUUGGAUAAGGAAGAGUCACGACAAAGAUUAUGCUUGGCAUUGGUAUGUCAGGGUUGAUGAACAAGACCAGGUUGAAGAAAUGUCACAAAACAAGUGGCGUGAGGACCCAAGGAUGAAAACGGAGGCCUUGAAGGAAAGAGGGGUAGGUUUGAAGGUAUUUAGGCUGGUUUGA